AAUUUGUGCUUUCCAGUGGCAACACUUCUUGAAAUUUAGUUUUUUUGCAAAUUUAGUGUAUUAAUUAAUGUAAAAUAAAUAAAAUAAUAUUUACUGAUGGAAGGUAAUAUUGUCCUUUUCAAGAUUUGAAGUUUCAGAUCUCUUUUUACAAUAAAAUACACUGCAAUUCACCAUUUUUGUCUCAGCACGUUACUCAUCAAUAGUGACAUUUGGAAUAUGUCAUUGGUGGCGCUGCAACUAGUUUUUAUAAACUGAGUGAACCACUGGUCUACUCACAUUGCUAGAGGGGAUUGCCUGUCAGUUCCACUCCUGGGUUAAUAACUCUAUGGUAUGAGUGCACCACAUACAGGGACCAUGGUUUUAACUCUUAAGAGUACAUCGCAGGAUAUGUAUUAAAAACAAUGCUACUUUAUACUUCUUCUACUGCUACUUUAUUCUAAUUAAUUAUUUGUUACUUGUGCUGUUAAUUACAAUUCUCAAUCCGUAAAUAAUUUCUUCUUUCUACCGUGUUCGAACUACUGUCCUCGUAAAAUCAUCGUAACCGAUUGUUGUAAUCGGAUUACAUGAACAUCACUCGACCAUGUAUGUCCAUUUGGACAUAUCGGAAUGGCACGCUUUGACGAUCAACUUGCUGUAUCUACUCUAAUCCAUAUCUGUGAUAGGGAGGUUUAUUUUAAUUUAAAAUUCGUUUCGUCGUCUGUGAUCUGUGCGAGGCACUGUCGUUCAUGUGUGUCGUUCUUUAUGUAUAAAUAAUUGUCAUUGUUAAAACAAACAUGAAUAAAAUAUGUAGAAUAUGCUUAGAAGAAGGUGUACUAUCAUCAAUUUUUACUAAGAAUUUUAAUUUGUCUCUAAGUGACAUGAUUGAAUAUUGUUGCAACCUAAAGGUAAUUUAAAAUCAUCAAAUCUAAAUUGGAAAAAAUGAUGGUUUGCCUGAACAGAUGUGCAGCAACUGUAUUUACAAAUUGGGUAUUGCAUAUCAUUUUAAGCAAACUUGUGAGAGUGCUGACAUGCGACUGAGGCAAUAUUUAGGACUACAGACUCCUGAAAAGCGUACUGAUGUGGCUGUGAUGACAGAUCCAAUUGUCACAACUCACGCUACAAUCAUAAAAAAAUGUAAAUGCCAGCAGGGACAACGUAAAAGUAGUACAAACUACAAACGAAAGUUGGAAACUGAGAAAUUGAAACGAGGCCCAAAACCAAAACCCAAGCAAGUUCAUAGCUGUUACCAAUGUGACAAACAAUUUAGAUGCCAGGCACAGUUGGACAUGCAUGUAAGAACUCACACUGGAGAUAAACCCUUUGUUUGUAUGUAUUGCCCGCGACGUUUUACUCAAAAACACAAUUUGACAAUUCAUCUUCGUGUUCACACUGGUGAGAAACCAUUUCAAUGCGAAGUCUGCAGUAAAAGAUUUUCUGCUCAAGGAAAUCUUCAAGCACAUUUGAAAAUUCAUACUGGACAAAGAGAUCAUACAUGCACAUUAUGUAGCAAAUCUUUUAUUACAUCCAGUGAGCUUACACGGCAUAUGAAUAAACAUAGAGGUGUUAAAAAUUUCAAAUGUGAUUUAUGUGGAGCUGCUUACAUACACUCAAGAGACUUUAAAUUACAUAAAAUGAAAAAACAUCAAGUUUGUAUAAAAAAUUUAAAUGCGCAAAAUGAAAAUUAUAACAAUAAUGCCAAUAUAGAUAUUAUUGGCAUAGAUGUAGGUAAAGAUGUGUCACAGAUGUCCAUGGGUGAGCACAAAGAGAUCAACCAUCACAUACAACAUUUGAUUAAUGAUAAACCUCAACACAAUGCCAGUUCUUCAUCUGUACACAAUCCAAAUGUACUAUCACUAAAUUCUGGAUAUGAAAAUAAAGAUGUUAAAGAUACUUUUCCACAUCAUCCAUAUGUCUUACCUAAAGAAAUUGUUGGAGGCCACAACUGUGCUAUUUGUGGUGAAAGUUUUAAUUAUUUAAAUGAAUUAGCCCAACAUUACCUACACAAUCAUAAUAAGGGUUAUGAUUCUUUAAAUAAUACAAAAACUUACAGUGCCCUACAGUAAAUACUAUUCCAAUAAAUUAUUAAACAUUUAAUAAGAUAUUUCUAUCUAUGCAUAAAUUAAUAUGAUGUGCAAAUGCAUACCUAGUAAUAAUUAUAGUAAACUUUGUGAACUGUAGUGUCUGUAGUUGUAGUUUAAAAAUUAAAACAAGCUUAAACUUAAAA